AUGCCGGCCACCACUUCUGGCGCUGAUACAAAGGCCAAUGGAACCGCAAAAUCGCGAGAACAUAACCAAGGGAAUCAGGACCGCAAAUAUACAAUUGAGCAGAAGGCUGCGGUGGUGAGGGUUAGACGAUGUGCGCCCACGGCAUUUUAUGAUAUUUUAGGACUUGAAGAAGUUAAAGCAACGGUGACGGAGACGGAGAUCAAGAAGGCUUAUAGAAAAUUGAGUCUGUUGACUCAUCCGGAUAAGAAUGGACACGAACAUGCCGAUGAAGCUUUUAAGAUGGUUAGUCGGGCAUUUGGUGUUCUGAGUGACAAGGACAAGAAAGCGAAAUACGAUAGGUUUGGCGGGGAUCCAGAUAGUAGAUUUGGUGGGGGAGCGCCGCAAUCGAAUCCUUUCUCGGGAUUUUCGCAGAGGAGUGCUGGAGGGGGGGCUGCUGCAAGAGGUGGUGGCAGGUCCAUGUGGGAAGAGGAGAUUAGUCCUGAAGAGAUGUUCCAGAGAUUCUUUGGAGGAGGAGGUUUUGGUGGUGGUGGAAUGUUUAAUGAUCAGCCUGGGUUUGUUUUCAAUCUCGGUGGUGGACCUGGUAUUCGAGUACAUCAAUUUGGAGGUGCAAGGCCAAGGCGGAGACCGAGAGAUCCAAAUGCACCGCCAGAAGCUCCGGCUUCGUUGACUCAGACCCUUAUAAGCUUAUUACCACUCUUAUUACUUUUCGGCAUACCAUUAUUAUCAUCACUCUUUUCUGGGGGAGGAUCUAGCGGUCCUUCCAUGCGGUUCGAUAAUCCUAUACCACCGCAUACCGACCACCGGGUCAGCUCGAGAAUGAACGUCGAUUAUUACGUGAAUCCCGUUGAGAUCAAGGGUUACAGCACACAUAAACUGGCACAACUGGACCGGCAAGCCGAGGUUGAAUAUGUGCAACGAUUAAAGAUUGUAUGUGAACAAGAAGUACAACAACGAAAUCAAUUACUUCAGGAAGCCCAAGGCUGGUUUAGUACCGAUACGGAUAAAAUUCAACGGGCUAGAGAUAUGCCAAUGUCGAGCUGCAGGAAAUUGGAAAGUAUGGGUGUUAGAAACCAAUACUGA